CAAAAAUCUUAAAGAGGCACUUGAAGAACUAGAAAUCAAAACAUUUGAGCACUUGUUCAUGUAAAGAAAUGAGUCGCGCGAUUCUUGGCGUCGUGUUAAUAUGUUCCUCUGUUCUUCUUGGUAUCAAUGUUUCUGAGUCGGCUGAGUUCAAUGUCGGAGACAGAGAUGGUUGGAACUAUAACGUAGGUGACUGGCCUAACGGCAAGAGCUUUGCGACAGGCGAUGUUCUGGUUUUCAACUACGCUCCUGAGGAGCACAAUGUGGUUGUCGUCGACGCUGCUGCAUAUAACAGUUGCGGCACUAGUCCAGGAGCUGUGGUUUUCACGUCUGGAAAUGAUCGGGCAACGCUGGCGAAAGGAGACAACUACUUUCUCUGUAGCUUCCCUGGUCAUUGUGAACAAGGGAUGAAGAUUGCAGUAAAUGCAGCUUAAACAGCAUAGAUUACCACUGAAUCCUUCAGAUUGGUCGAGAUUGAACUUUGAGUGUGUUAUCUACUACCUUUUUCAAUGAUCUGUAAUAAACUACAUCUUAAGAGAGAACUAAUUUCUUUAAGAGUAUCUUA